AUGAGUUUAUCGAAGCCUUCGGGGCCUAAGGGCCGCAAAUACUGGCUCGACAAUCUAAGAGCUGUCAUGACGACCAUUGUCAUCAUCAACCAUACAGGCGCAGCCUACGGUGGUGGUGGCACAGGGGAUCACCCAGGAAGCUUCGCCAAAACAUCACCUAUCGUAUUGCCCUAUGUCGCUUUCCACUACGCUUAUGGCCUUGGACAGUUCUUCUGGCUUUCAGGGAACUUAACGGCUAAGUCGCUCUCCAAAGGUUCAUGGACAGAGUUCGUCAAGAGCAAACUCCUGAGGCUGGGCCUGCCAUCGCUCUUGUAUUCCAUCUUUCUCGAGCCGCUUCAAAAGAUCGCCACACGGCCCGGAGAUCUCCGUGAGAAUCUAAAGAAUUACUGGAACGCGGUGCUUGAGCAUAAGGGCUGGAAAGAACCUGGAGGCGGGACCGUUUGGUACACGACGACGCUGCUGAUGUUCGAUCUCUGCGCUGUUCUUCUUACCCGUUGUCUGCAUCUAUUCAAGACCAAGGGUGCUCGCUCGCCAGAGUUCCUCAGCGUGGCCAAGAUUUACGGGCACAUGUGUCGUUGGGGAUGGCUGGUAAUUGCUGGAACCAGAUUUUUGGUUGGCACAAAGUUCCCUAUGGGCUCCAGGCUCCCCGUGAUUCAUGUUCAGCCGUGGUUCCUACCUCAGCACAUCUAUGGCUACGUAUUGGGCUACAUGGCUUCUGUUUUGGGUAAGUCACGAAUGUCGAGCUUGUAUGAGAACAAGUCCGGACCACUUGGCAAACUAUCCAUGGCCAAGGCCAGUGCCAUCUCUUUGGCGUUGAUACCAGUUAUCUUGAUCCCCAGCUUUCUGCGAGACAGAAAGGCUAGCAAGAAAGAGGAUAGUGACAAGGAUUCAUAUCCUCCUAAUAAGGGUGGCAUGCAGCUGUCGGGAUGGACUGCAGACGCCGCACUCUUUGCUCUCUGGAACGAAUUCACUUUCGCGACUGUUGGUCCUGCUUUCAUGUCUCUUUGGGAACACAACUACAACCGACCAGGAAAGCAGAGGUUAUGGUCUCCUCGCUAUGCUUACGCAGCAUAUCUGCUUCACUCGCCCAUAUCGUGGUUUGUUGGUCGAGGUUUGCACACUGCCAUGUGCAGAGGGGAGGAGAGACCAGCUUGGAUGGACUCUGAGUCUUGGCAAAAUAUCGGACCUGUGUUAAUGACAGCAACGGCUGGCUAUAUCGAGGUUGUUGCUUCCUUUGGGUUUGGUAUGUUCUUGGUUGAUUAUGUACCGGGUGCGGGUUCAAUUCUUUAA